AGAUCAACAAAUACAAUCGGUCGUUCCAAUGCCCUGUUGAGUUGAAGAAAUAUCUUGAUAAGAAAAAGCCAGGCAAAACAAAGAGAGGCAGCAAGCUGGAAGCAAAAGUGUAUCUGAAAGAGUGGAAUUGGAGACAAACAGAGUAAGAAAGCAUAGGAGCACGAGAGAGGAAGAGAUAGAGAGACAAGGAGAGCGACAGAAUAAGAAAGAGAGAGAGAGGGAGAAAAGGAGUGACAGAGUGAGAAACAGACACAUAGGGAUUGAGAGAGAGAGAGAGAGAGAGAGAGAGAGAGAGACAAAGACAGAGGCAGAGACAGAGGCAGAGAGAACAGAAAGAGGAUAGUAUAAAAUAGUACAAGUAAAAAUAAGGAAUGAUAUGUGAAAAAGAGGAUAUAAAUAUAUCAGAAAUUAAAAAGACACAGCAUUAACAAUACUUAUAUUAAAAAAUGAAACUUGAGCGAAGCAUUAGCGAUAACGAAAGAGAAAAAGAAUUAGAUGCUCUGUCAAAGAAAGGGAGGUUUCAGCAAUUAAUAAUCGUUUACAUUUUCGUUUCGGCUGUUAUUAUAUUGGCCUAUAUAUCUGGAAUAUGUGGCCUAUCAUCCGUCUGGAUAUUCCUGCUCAUCUUUGUCGUAUUCGCAAUAUGGCAGGGAAAAGUAUUCUCAAUGACGGAGGAACAUUUAAGGAUGAAAGAAUUAACUUUACAUAGAAAAAGGGCGUUGUUAAGGCAGAAUGAAAGUGCCGAAUGGCUGAAUUUUAUAUUAAAUAGAUGGUGUAUCUUUGGUUCUCAAAGUCUAUUUGAUUAUUUAAAGAAUACAUUAGAUCCUCUACUUCAAGAUGUUAAACCAGCCUUUAUUGAAAGUAUUCAAUUGCAAUCCUUUUCAUUUGGGGAUAAGACGCCAAUUUUAAAAUGUUUAAAAGUUUACGAGAUCAAUGAUGAUAAAAAAGCUGCAACAUGGAUGAGUUUACUGACACCACCAAUUGGUUUGUAUUACGCAUCUUCAUAUUAAUUUAUUCAUGAAUGCCUUUUUCUGCCCCUAAUGUUUUGUUUACAUUGUUUCUUUAUAAGUCUUUUUCUUUCGUUUUUAUUUGUUUGUUGAUGUGUUUCAUUACUUUUCCUUCUCUCUUUUCAAGAUAUAUCCACAUAAUCUCUAUUUAAAUUUUAUUCACAUUCAUAUAUAUAUACUGUAUAUUUACUGUAUAUAGUUUCCUCAUCUGCAAAAUUAACUUGAUAGUUAAAUUUACAUUUGGAUGAAGUAUCACUUAAUGACAUUGAUAAAGAAUAUUAAAUAUUGUGUUCUCCACGAUUACAUUUAUUGUCAUCAUGUUAUCGUCAUCAUCAUUAUUUGAAUCGUCAGUAUUUUUUUUUGCUGAAACAAAUUAAUCAAUUUUUUAAUCGUGACGAAUAAGAAGAAAGGAGAGAACGAUAACGCGGUUGAAGCAAUGGCUAGAAAAAGAUUCAUAUAUAAAUUAGAUAUACAGUAUAUCAUAUUCUAAUUUAAACUUGGAGAGCAACACUAAGGGAGCUAGCUACACGUAUAUAUACCAUUAAAAAAAAGAACGCGUACGAACUAUAAACGUAUAGACACUAGUUCAAAUCGAUCUAAGGAGAUUAGUUCGUUUAGAAUAAAAUCAAUAAAACUGACUCUGUAACAUUUGAGAUGGAGUACUAACAACCUAUAUAUUUUAUACACCUCUUUUUCUCCCCUCCUCCCUUCCUCCCUCCUCCUUUUAAUGACCCUCUCAAUUUCACUUUUCUCUCUAUAUACAGUAUGUUGUAUACAGUACAUGCAGUAUAUUGCACUGUAAAAUAUAUUAUGUACUUAUUACCCGUAUAGGCUUAAAUCGAAUGCAGACUUACCAAAUUCACUUGGAGUGUGAUGUGGAUCUAAGCAGCGACGACUUCAAAAUGACGUUAAGAUGCAAAUUAUGGAAAAAAAUAUGCGCUGAUGUUGCAAUAGAAAAGUUAAAUAUCAAAGGAAAAAUGCAAUUAAGGUUAAUUCCUAAUUUGCUUAUGUUCUUUCUAUCUUACUCAACAUUUAGUAAAUAUCUAAAUGAGUUUUGUAAUUCUUUAAUUCUUUCUCUCUAUCCAUCUAAAAAUCUUAUACUUGAUUUUAUGUCUCUUUAAUUUAAUUAUCCAUCUAGUUUCAAUCUUUAAUCUUGUUAUAAUUUAAUAUUAGAGUACUCUUUUCUUUUCUUUCUUGUAGUUUAAACCUCCAAAAAGAUUGUGCCUUUCCUCAUAUAUCCUCAAUUAGUUUAUCAUUCCUCGAAAAACCUCAAGUAUGGUUCUCUCUAAGACUUUUGAGGUCUUUACAAGUAAUGGAAAUACCAAUGCUUAAAAGUUGGAUUCACAACCUAGUGAUGGACGCCUUUACCCAAGCGUUGGUAGAUCCGGGAAAGAUAGAUAUUCCAUUUGAGAAUAGUGGUCCAACCUACGAACCAUUGAGUGGAGAGGGAUCAAUGCGAAGUUUAGCUCAAGGCGUUCUGACCGUCACCUUGCAGAGUCAGCAAUCCAAAGAUAAUGCUUUAUUACAAUCGAAUGAAGCUUUUUAUAUACAAUUAAAAUUAGCUGAUCAGAAGAGACAUACGGCUAGUAACGUCGGAAAUAAGCCUUUCGAAGAUACGAUUUCGUUUUUAGUAGAAGAUGUUAAAAUGAAUAAAUUACAGAUAAAAUGCAAGACAAAGAGAUUUUUUACAACUUAUACAAUUGCUGCAUUCGAUUUACCAUUAUCUAAUUUUCCAUUCGAACUGAAAAAUAUCGUUGAAACUACUUUAGAGAAGAAAAUUAAUAAGUUAGAUGUUAAUGGAAUAAUAUACUAUCGUGUUAGAUUGGAAUUCACUGAAAUUCCUAUUGAGGACAUAGAUAAAUUAACAGAAAUGAGGGGGGAUGAUGUCGAUUCAGCUAUAUCACCUACAUCACCAUUAUCCCUUAAUGAAAAUGUUAAAAAGGUCGACUGCUGUUCGGGAGUUUUAAGAGUAUGGUUACAUUCUGGCUCAAAUCUAUUAGGUUUAGACCGCAAUGGCAUGUCGGAUCCCUACUGCGUUAUUUAUUACAAGGGAAAAAGGAUUAAGACAACUCAUUACAUAUGUCGGACAAGAAAUCCUCAAUGGAAUUCGUCUGUCGACGUAAUUGUAUCUGACUAUACAAAGACGACACUUUCCUUUCUUGUAUACGAUUGGGACGGACAUGGUAGUUCGGAAGAUGAUUUCUUGGGCUUAUCGGAUCUUACCUUGACGAGCGAUAAGCCUACUCUGUUGAAACAUUCUUUAAUACUCGGUUAUAAGCAACAAGACGGCGGUCACGUAGCGAAUGAACAAUUAGGAUCGAUUAUGGUCUCAGUUAUCUUUUAUCCAGUUCCAUCAGUGGCCAUGUCUGAAACAUCUACAGAGGAUCAAGCAAAAGUUAGCAAAAGUAGAGGAUUUAUGAAUUCAGCCCAAACAACGGAUUCAAUUGAGAAAAAUAAAUUGACCGGACUGCAAAAGUGGAGAGGAGAGGGACCUGGCAUCUUAGCUCAAGGAUACGGUCUUUUAGAGAUGCAUAUCAUUCAAGGAAGGGAUUUAAUGGCAAUGGACACCAACGGCUAUAGCGACCCUUAUUGCGAAGUGAGGGUAAAUAAUGAAAAGAUAUUUUCGACAAGUUGUAAAAAGAAGACUUUAAAUCCUUAUUGGGACGAAUCGGUUACUCUUCAACUACCGAAAAGUCACGAACUUUUAGAGAUAACUGUCUGGGAUAGGGACCCAUUCUUUCAAAAGGAUUUUCUAGGUUCCAUUCCAUUUACGUUGGUUGAUUUAAAAAAGCAAAGUGAUUUUCAAGCUGAAAGAUGGUUCAAUCUUCAUAAAACGCGCUCCGGAAGUAUUCAGCUACGUUUUAAAGUUAUAUCAGCCGAAGAGGAAGUUGAAUCGGAGGAAGUUCUUAGCCCAACCGAAUCUCAAGAUAGCGCCGUCCAUUUGAGUACUGAUUACGGAGAAGUAUAUAAAAGGAGAAGGGCUUCGUCAACAGAUCUUAAAGAUUUGACAAAGACGGUUGAGACGCAAAGAACAGAAUCGUAAGUGGGUUCGAGAUUUUAAUAGAAAUAAAGAAAAGCUCUUUUCUUUAAAUACAUCCCAUAUUUUUUUAUUAAAAACAAUCUAUUUAUACUAUAAAUAGUAUUUUUUUGCCUUUUUUAUGAUAUUUCUUUAUAAUUGAUUGAUUGAUUAAUUAAUUAAUUAACUAAUUGAUUGAUUAAUUGAUUAGCUUAUUAUAUCAUGAUCUUUAUUUAUUUACUUUUUUUUCCCAUCUCUUUCUCAUCCUUCUCCUACUUCUGUCAUCUUUAUAUAUUCAUACUUCAAGCGUUCCUCUCUUGAAAAAGAGUAGACGCCGAAUGCGCGCUUUGUAAGUCAAAACUAAUCUAUAUGGUUGUAUAUAUUUUCGUAUGGUUUUAAAGUUUAAUUUAUCAACACAGUUGGUGAUACUUGUACAGCUUUAUAUUUUGUAUUGUUAUUUUUAUUGUUGCAUACGUCGGUUAUCUCUAUAUCUAUCUAUCUAUCUAUUUAUUCAUUAUCACUUCUACGCACAAAACCAUUUUCAGUUCUUAUUUUAAAUUCCUUCUUUCCCGCCAUUUUUUCGUUCUCUCUAUCUAAAAACUAAAUACACUAAUACACACAUAUAUACUCUAUCUAUCUAUAUAUAUAUGCAUAAAUUCUUUACAGAUCUGAACCUCUGAACGCCGUUCCAUGCUCGAAUAAAAACAAACUGUUUACUAUUAAUGGCUCAGCCAUUAGACUUCGCGGCUUUAUCUUUCCUAGUUGCGACGUUACUUUGAAAAUAAAACUGCAAAAAAAGUUGGUAUUUAUACUUAUACUAUUGCGUAAAGCCCAUUACGUAAUGUACCGUUAAAUAUAAAUUAUAUUUGUUUUACAGCUCGGAUAGAUCGAAACUUUUGUGCAAAUCGUCAAAUAUACAAACUAACAACUUGAAUUUAAAAUUCAAAGCUACUCAUGUUCAAGAAACAUCUGUCUUAAUAUUUGUUAUAAAGACUACUGAUAAAAGAUCAUUAGUCUAUAAAACAAUGCAAUUAAACGAUAUCGUAACUCUGGCUGGAGAUAUUAAUUGUCAAAAAUGGAUAAAAUUAGAUUCCGACGUUGAAAUUGAAUUGAAUCUAUUGAUUGAAGAAGAUUUAACGGAGAAGAAGAAUAAUAAAUUUCAUGGUUUAUUGAGUUUGAACAGUUUUAAGAAAAAGUCAAAGAAUAAAAGUAUUAAAGAUUGUUGAUUAUCUCAAUUUCAACUUUAUAUUAAAAUUAAUUCUCUUUGUGUUGAAAAAGAAGAUUUUCUUUGUUUUUUCUUUUUUCUCUCUCUUUUUAAUCAAUGUAUUUUGAAUGGUUUUUGAAUAUAAUAAUAAUAAUGAUAAUUCAAACAAAACCGGUACUGUAUUAAUUUUAAUAUUAAGAUAAAUAUAAACAAUAUAGGUG